GCCUUUAGCAGGGAGGAGGUGUAUUUCCUCAGGUGCAUUAAUUUAUAAACUGCGUACUGCAAAGAGAAUGUUAGUGCGGAACAACUGCUGAAUUCCAAGACAAGAACUUGUGCCAUGGAGGAUAUCAGGCUUACACCUACCCCACAGCAGGGAUGUUGUAAUAAGGAGGAGAACGACAACUACACCCCUGGGGAAGUCCAUGAGUCUAAUGACUGCUCCAGCGCCGCGGAGGAAACUAGAACUGGGAAAAAAUCAGUUGUCAAAAAUCACUGGACCCCAAAAUAUUCCACUUGUUAUGGCAGCGAGAAGUAUUGGUUUGCAGGAUAUGAGAUCUUUAUUCAGGAAUCCAUUGAUAGUUAUGGUGCUGUGCCAUGGCCAGGAGCUGAGGGAUUGUGCAGUUACAUGGAAAACAAUCAACAGGAGCUCAAUCUGACAGAUAAAACAGUGUUGGAACUUGGAGCUGGAACUGGUUUAGUCUCCAUCCUGGCAAGUCUACUUGGUGCUCGCGUCAUUGCUACAGACCUGCCCGAUAUACUGGGGAACAUGAGAUUCAAUAUCGCAAGAAAUACCAGAAACAGAAGUAGAACUAUUCCUGAUGUCAAAGAGCUGUGUUGGGGCCAAAACUUGGAACAGAACUUUCCCAAAAGCCAGUAUCGGUUUGAUUAUGUUUUGGCAGCUGACGUAGUUUAUUCACACAAUUAUUUGGAUGAGUUAAUUAUGACAAUGGAAUAUUUCUGUCAGCCUGGAACAGUGGUAUUAUGGGCAAACAAAUUCCGACUGCCAACAGACUACAAAUUCGUAGAACGAUUUUCUAACACAUUUGAUGCAAAAUGCAUUGCAAAUUUUCCAGACAUAGAGGUUAAGUUAUUUAGAGCAACAGUAAAACAGUAAGGCAAAAAUGUAAUACUGGCAACCACAAACCAGUUGAUCGGCCAAAAUACCAUUUGAGGUAUAUUUUGUGACAUUGCAAUAGAGCCAACCUAGCAUUCUGCAAUGUCCAGUGUCACUGACAUGUUAUGUUAUUAUGCUAUGACAAAGCACUUUAUUUUUCACUUUUGUAUCAUGCAUAAUAAGAAAGUAUUACUACCCACACAGACUAGUAAUAUUUUACCAUGAAUGUUCAAUGCAUUUGUGGAGGUUGUUCAGUUUCAUCAAACAAGGCUGUCAAUUGAUAAAGCAAUGUUUCCAAUGUGUAUUAGUUAACUGAAUUGUAAUGACCUUUGUGAUUCAUUUGUAGUAGAUUAUGCCAGAUUAGGGAAUAAUUUGCUUUCAUCUGCUACCAGCCAUAUGUACAAAAUAUGCUCUUUUAUAAGCAAUCUAAUCCAUGUAAUAUUACUGUUGCCACAUAUAUAAAUCCCCCCAUGACUGAUAAUCUUGAAAGUACAGUACUACAGCUUUAAAUAGUUUAAACGUAGACUAUUUUGCUCCAUUUUGUGCAAAGGCAUACACAUAAGUAUCAAUUUUCAGCACCUGCUUUGCCCAUUAUUGAGUCAGGGGUAAGGAACCAGAGCAUGCCAUAGUAAUUAGUGGGUAUGUAUAUAUAGGAAUGUGAAAGAUGACUUUUCAUUAUUAACAGUCAUUCCAAAAUAGAUAACAAGGCAAGAUUAAGGUAAUCUGUUAUACCUUGCCUUCGCUACAGUUGUGAUCCCAAUUUUCAGAUAAACCAAGGGAGUCAGAGAUCACUUAAGGGAGGUCAGUACUGAUGAAUUAUGCAAUUUUGUUGUACAUUAGAGAUGAUCCCAGGAGAUUUCAAACAUUAAGCUUCUAGAUAACAGCAGUGCUUUGGGCUUAGGGGUCCUGUUAUUUGUCUAUGCAUACAAAACUAUAUUUAUGACACCAAUUACACAUGGGAGACCGUACAAAAUCAGCCAUUCCUUGAGCAAUGGUAUUCCUCCUAUAACUGAGUCACUGCCGAGGAGGCCUUCUAAAUUCUCAUUCUCCUUGGGAUAGAGGUACUUUGUAAAUAAUGCAGGGGUCCACUGCUCAGGUGAAGUACGCACUGAAUGAGGAGAGGCAGGCCAAAUUAAAAAGGAGACCGAAUUCAGUGGGUAAAAUUUAGAUGGAAAUACUGUUCACUGUUUUCUCCUUUGUGCUCUUUUAGAGGCUUAAAAAGUUAAUGACAUGCUUUGAAUUAAAUAUUUAUUAUACAAA